AUGUCACCAGCUCCCGCAGCUACGGCUUCUACGGCGGCCACUACAUCUUUUGUCGCCUCAGGAUAUAGUACCAGCGACAACUUCCAGGGAUGGUACCUGCAAACAACUCCCGAGCCCAUCGUCUGCGGAUCGACCGAGACCUUCUACACAAGUAGCACGUAUGGCGACUGCUACAAUCCGUCAAGCUCAGUCCCCAUGCCGACAGGAUGUGAUGGUGCAACAUUACUUUACGAAGAUAGCCUCCAAGCAGGGUGCCCGACAUCCUAUUCCUGCAGUGCCUACAAGAUAUUUCCGACGGAGGGUUCUGACGCAGAAGAAGCAAUCUUGAAAUAUGGCUGUUUGUUUAAUUGGGGCGCCGAUAGUAUCUAUCGGUCCCUUCCUGCUCGAUUCGCUUCCUCCACCGCCGCGCCUGAAGUUACCGCCACCGCAUCAAUAUCUGCCACAACAGAUACUAGUACCCACCACACCGCAACAAGCACUAGCACCGGAUCGGCCGCCAACUCAACUUCGAACAGCGACAGCGCAUCUAGUGGCUCGGACAGUGGGCUAUCAAGUGGGGGAAUUGCUGGAAUAGUCGUGGGAUGUGUCGCAUUAAUCGCGAUAAUACUUCUUUUGGUGUUUCGAAAGAAGGUUAUGGCUUUGUUCAGAAAAGACUCCCCCGCCGAGGAUAAAGGACCCUGGUCUGAAGGAAGCCUGCCGCCUCAGACGCAGCCUGCAUCUCAAACAGGCUCUGCUUUGCCGGCUUCGGAGAUGUCAGCGGACUAUAGGCCUGUUCAUGAGAUUGGAUCCUCGCCUCCUGCGCACUCUGAAUCUCAAGAAGGCUCUACUUGGAAGGCAUCAGAGAUGUCAUCGGACUAUAACUCCGUUUAUGAAAUUGGCUCGUCUCAGCAGAAUGCAACUCGCCCAGUUGUGGUGCAUGAGCUGAGCUAG